AUGAAAACUAUGUCCCAGGCAAGUCAUGCAAGUACAGAAGCCAAACUACGUGAUGCACAGGAGGAAAGGAAUGUUUUAAUUGAGCGCAUUAAGCAACAAAAGGAAAAGGAAAUUCAAUGGUUCAACGAGCAAAAUGAACGCGAGCAGGAGGAGCGUCGACGUCGUUUAGCGAAAGAUAUCGAAACAGCGGUUUGCACAACGUCCUACAGUACUGAGGACAAAACGUAUGGGUUAGUUAAUUCAGUAGUGAUAGUUUUUCGACCUAAUUUUGUUAUUAUGGGCAGCGAAUUCCCCGAUAAAAAUCGUAAAUCAGCUGGUGGUACUUGUGAGGAAGAAAGCAGAUGA